AUAGUAAUACGUUUUAAUAUCCCAAACAUAAUUAUACAAUUUCUACCCCAGUGAAGCAAACAUUAUUUUCGGGGGAUAAAAGCAAGAGUUUAAGAGUUUCUUAAUUUUCUAUGGAGUACUUUAUAACUUGCAGCAAAGGAAUACCUGUACAUGAAGUGCAGGGAGAGGAAAACAGAGCACUCCGAGAUAUGGAUAUGGAAUCGAUAAGGGGUUCUUACCAUAGAAGGAGGAGGAACAAUAUCAAACUAUCGGAUUCUUCAGACUCGGAAUUGAGAAUCAAUCCCCGCACCAAAUCUCGGAUUCCCCUCAAUCGUUCCCAUUCCAUCCCAAGGAAGUAUAUAUCCAAAAAUCAACUGGAUCGUCAAAUCCGUGCCGCUGUGGUAGAUGCUUUUAAAGACUGCAUUAUAGCUCCAAAAUGUAGAUCCGAAAACGAAGCAGUAUUUGGAAAACAUCGUCGUCAUCCGAAGUGUAUUAAGGAUGUGGAAAAAGUUCCUGUUCAACAGAAACGUCACCGCUCCCAAUCCGCAGAUGGCUUAUAUCACACGGGUCAUGAUAAGAAGGCAGUCCAGGUUUUAUUCGUUAGAUCACCGAGAAAAUCAAAAAAACAUGGUCCCGCCUUGGAAGUCUAUCUGGAGGCACUUGAAGAUAAUAAUGUAGCGGCUAUACCGGACGCAAAUCCAGAAGUACAUAUACCACCUCAGGACCAAAUACCCAAGGACUUACCACUUGAUGAGAUUAUAAGCCAGAUGAGCUCGAAGUUAAUCAGGGCUGUUAUAAGCAUGUGCUUCCUUACAACUAAAGUGUUUAUAAACCUGGGGUUGCUACAAGCCAUAGAUCGAUUUACCACCAGAAUGUCCAAGUCAAGUUGGGUGAGUCUUGGACUAUUCCUGGUAUUUAUCCUGGCCUGGGCCUAUGAGUUUGGAGAACCAGUAGCCCGGAUUAGUGAGGCAGUGGGCGAUCUCUUCAAGGAUCGUACCCGUUCUUGGUGGAACUUUAUAUAAGUACAAUAAACAUUGUAAGGAAAAAUUCCAAAUUUCUCACUUAUUAUGUUUUUUGAAUAAUAAUUCA